AUGAAUUUGAAAAUAAAUAAGUAAGAAAUUCACUUUAACAAUAUUCUGACCAUAAUUUAGAUAAAGGGCUUAAUCCUUCUUGGCAACUCAUUUAAUAGAUUAAAUAAAGUAAAUUUUCAGAAAGAUAAUGAAUUUUUCUAAAAAACAUUAAAUAAAAAGGAGAAAAAUUGA